AUGUGUAUAGUUAAGGAAAUAAGAAGAAAAUUACAAUUAAUAAAUAAUCGUCGUUCUUCCCUCAAUAGAUCUCUUUCUUCUCCUGCCCUCCCUCUUACCAAUAACAACAACAGCAAACAGCAGCAGCAGCAGCAGCAACAGCAGCAGCAGCAACAGCAGCACCAGCAACAGCAGCAGGUGGACCCGCAGCAGCAGCAGCAGCAGCAACAGCAGCAGCAGCAGGAACCGCAGGAGCAGCAACAACAAAGGAUGUGCUGCAGCAGGGGUCCCCCUGCUGCAGCAAAGACAACAACAGGACGCCGCAUGUCCAUACAGCAGGAUCUGCCUCUAACCAGACAACAGCAGCAGCAGCAACAGCAGCAACAGCAGCAGCAGCAGCAGCAGCAGCAGCGUCCGCAGCAGCAUCGACCAUCUCAGCGUCUCUCUUCUGGCAAAGAAGAUCCCUUACCCGUUCUUUCUCUCCCCCUCCCUUCUUCCUCCUCCUCUUCUUCUGCUGCUCCUGCUGCAGCAGUAGGACGAGUAGCAGCAGGAGCAGCAAGAGGAGCAGCAGAUGAUUUGCUGCUGCCUGUGCUGCCAUGGGAGACAAGAAGCAGCCUUGCUUCUGUUAGUGGUGUCUCUGAGGGGGAAAGAGACAGCAGCAGAGGAGACAGUCUUAUAUCUAAUCUUAGCUCAGCUACUGCCCCUGGUGCAGAUACACUAGCGCAGCAAACAUUGCUGCUGCAGCAGCAAAUGCAGCAGGAUAAACAUCAACAGCAGCAGCAGCAGCAGCAGCAGCAGAAACAGCAGCAGCAGCAAAAAGAACGCGAAAAAAAGACCACUGCAACACGACAGCAGCAUUUGCUGCCUUUGCUGCAGAGGAGACGACCAGCAACAGCAGCAGCAGCAACUACAGCAGCAACAGCAACAGCAACAGCAGCAGCAGCAGCAGCAGCAGCAAGAGAUAAAGCAGUAGAGGAAAGCUUACCAACGUUGGUAGCAGCAGCAACAUUACCACCACCACCAGCAGCAGCAGCAACAGCAGCAGAAGCAACAGAAGCAUCAGCAGAAGCAGCAGCAGAGCCAGGCUUUGUUACUGCUGCUCAGGUUACUGCAGCAGCAGAGCAGCCGCAUGCAACAGAAGCAGCAGCAGCAGAAGCAGCAGCAGACGCAGGGGCAGCACCAGCAGCAGAUACAGCAGAUGAAACCCGUACAAAAGAAUCAGCUACCCAGCAGCAGCAGCAGCAGCAGCAGCAGCAGCAGCAGCAAGAGAAAGAGCAGCAACCGCAUCAGCAGAAGCAGCAGCCCCAAGAACAUCACCAGGGGCAGCAGCAUCAUAAAAGAAAACACCACCAGCAGCAGAAGCAACACCAGCAGCAAAAGCAACACCAGCAGCAGCAGCAGCAGCAGCAGCAGCAGCAGCAGCAGGUUGCAGCAAGUGGGCAGCAAAAUCCUUCAGAAGGGAAUCCUCAAGGCCGCGGAAGCGCGGCACCAGUAGCUGCAGCAGCAAAGGACACAACAACAACAGCAACAGCAGCAGCACCAACAGCAACAGCAGCAGCACCAACAGCAGCAGCAGCAGCAGCAGCAGCAGCAGGCCAGAAGGUUGGAGGCAGCAGACGACGUGGCCGCGGCAACAAACGCCGUGGCGCAGACACACACUCGUAA